AUUCGCGGCCAGGGCACCGGGGCUGGAGUUGUAUGCAUCUCGGCGGAUCUCGCACGAUUGCCGUUGGCGCCACAGAAACCGACCCACCGAAUGUCCCAGGGAUCAGCGCCCUGGUUUCGUUCUGCAUCCAUCACAUUCGCCGCACCCUCCAUCGCAGAAUCGAUCGAUCUGGAUAUAUCUGCUGAUCGCCCGGUGCCGAUCCGCCCCCUGCCCAGUCUCGCCGAAUCACUUGCCAGCACAUCGCUUCCCCAUGACGUCGUCGACCAAAACAUCUACACCCUCGACAGGUCGAUCUUCCAACCUCACCCAGGACGUGUCGGAUUAUGUCCGCUUCCUCCUCGACGGAUCUGGCGCCGAGUCUGACGUCAACUACGCCGCCCUCCGGAGCCACCUCUAUCAAGUCAAUCCGUCCCUCUCCAACAUCCUGGACUCGCCGAGCGUCAACACCACGCACUCGCGCAUCCUCUCGAGCCAAUACGACCGCACCCGCAGCUCUACCGUCGAGAAGGUGCUGCUGGACCCGACGCUGCUGGACCAGAGCCCCUUUGACUAUUACCGUCGCGAGCCGCUUACCCGAGACCGGCCUGGCCAAGAGCCGUAUCGCCUGUUCGACCUGGACUUGGAUCGCGACCGGAGUCGAGACCGGAGUCGAGACCGGGAACAAGACCAGGACCAGGUUCGAGAUCGAGACCGAGAUCUGAUCCAGAUGCAGCGACAAGCCCAGGCGCUCAACCCCGAGCAAGGCCGGGAGCAGAGUCCAGAGCAAGAGCCGAGCGCGGACCAAGGUCGCCAUCCACAUUCCGAGCCAGAUCCAGAGGAUGAGCACGAGCACAAGCAGGAUCAAGAGCGAGAUCGAUAUCAGCGUCGGGCGCAAGAAUCGCUGCGGUAUCAGUCGCCGUCGCCGUCGCCGUCUCAGCUUGGCCAAGAUCAGGCCCGAGAGCACGAGCAGGAUCAGGGCCAUCUUGGCCUCGGACACCCCGCAAUCAGUCGUGCUGGAUCGAGACUCGAAGCCAGCGAAAUCCCCCGCAUCUCCGUGAACAAUGACCUCAUGCCGACGUCGGCCGUUCCCGCCGGCUCGAAUUAUUCUGCCGCCCUGCAGAUCGAUCCCGGCCACGAGCGUCCCAGAGCACAGUACAGAUCCGAUUCUCAACUCCACCAACCACUGCAGCACGACGCACUUCCGCCGUCUGUCCGGUCGACAUUCUUCGAGUCCUUCCCAAGCCCGCGAACACAAGAAACAGGUUCGCUGCCGCCGGCAUUCGCAGGCGGCUUUCCACUCCGAGAUCACCAAAACCCACUCGCCACUAGCGGUGCAUUGCGCACCAUCGGCACCGAUCCAGGACCCAAUCCGCAGCCCCGACUCAUUUCUCGAGCAUCGUCGCCCGGCAGCCUGAAUCCCUCCUGGGCCGGGUCGCAGCUCUAUUCGUCGGCGCGAGCUCCUUCCCAGCGACCUGCGCGGGAAAGUGAGCCUGGCCAACGGGCGCCGCAGUCCUUCGGCGAGAGGGGAUCAAGCUCUGCAACCCUUGGGGUGCCAAUGUCUCCACAGCAGCUGCCACAGCAAGUGCAACCACAACAGCCGCAACUCAGAGGCAAAAGCGAGAGCGUCUUUGAUUCAUCCACCAAGACUGUAGCAUCAGAGCUGAAGUUGCCAGGAAGUCAGUUUGCUGUCUCAUCGAACGAGCCCGGUGAGCUGGCUUAUCGCAGACCUGAUGUCGGCACCGGAUCACAGCUGAGACGCUCCAGAACCGAUUCUGCCGCUGGAUUGCAGUUCAGACGCUCGCUCCAGAGUAACCAGGGAGCCGACCGCAGACCGACUGGCCCGGAUGCUUCACCGCAGCGCCCUACAAGCCAAGACAAGUACUACAUGGCUGACGAAAGCCUGGUCCGGAGUCGCGACGAUCUCGGUCGAUCCAGUGGCGGCUCUUCGGUCCAGCGGUACGGAAGGGCUGGACCGGACGGAGAUGCUGCGACGGAGCCACCUUUGGAUCAGCCUGCUCGCGGCUUUUUGGAGAAGAAGCUGUCGAAGCCUGGAAGCUUUGUCGCCCCAUCGAGGCUGGCAGAGCAGCCACGAAUGUCACAGGCGUCUGAAGAAUCGCCUCGGCUGCAGAUUCCAUCGGAUACUGAGCGAUUUGCUGCUCCGCUCUCCAACUCGCGGCUCCAACCAGCGCCCAAGGAUACCUUGUUCCGCUACUCGGCUGGACCAGAUCCGCUGCGACAAGCGAGCCAUAGCGCUACGACUGCGUCCGAUACGGAUCGCAUGCCUGUGGAUACACCACAGACCAAGUUUGUACCGGGCUGGCAACACGAGAUCAACGUUUCGCCCAUCAUGUCGGAGAAAGCAAAGACCGAUAUUGAUGCAAAUCUACUCACCUUCAUCUCCAAGCGGCUCACUCAAGCCGGGUUUUCGCCCCUCCAUCACUCGCUACUUCUCGCACCCAUCAGCGACUACUCCUCUGGCUCGCUGACAGAGCGCCAGGCUAUUGCUCUGCAAAACGCCUUCAUCCCUCUGAUCGAGGGCUACGAGCACCGGGGCGGCAAGCUGCAACGUCUCUACGACCAACUCGCGCAGCUCCAGGACCAGAAUGAUCAACUCCAGGUCCAACUUCAACAGCAAGACAAGAAAUCCAAGUCCCUGGGCGAGAAGGAUUUGGAUCUGAUCGAAACGCUGCGGGUCUCGCUCGAAAAGAGCAACACUCGCGCGAGCCUACUGGAAGCGGAGCCGGACGAGCUCAGGCGACAAAACAGCAAACUCCGGGCCGCCAAUGCCAAGCUUGAAGCGGAACUUGAAAGCCGAGAGCGAGAGCUGGACCAGGCUCGUCUCAAUCUGCACGAGUUUGUGGAAAAGACUGAGCGAACGCAACGGCGUAACGAGCAGACGUUCCAGACCAUUGUCAAGCAGUUUACCCGCAGUCCGCAUCACAGCGGUCUCGACCGAGUGACACUGGAGGUCAUCGAUGUGUACGAGCGUAAGGUUGCUGAUCUGUCGAAGGAAAUCGAUCGCCUCAAAUAUAAGCGACCAAGCCAUCUGUCUCCCGAAGAAUCGGAUGACUCGGAGGACAGAGUGCCAAUCGCUUCAAAGUCAAAGCCAGGGCCCUCCAAGGUGUCCAAGCUGGUCGAUCUGGAGGACGAACUUGGACAACACAAGCGACAUAAACAGUCCCAGCUGCGCGGGCAGACAAGCAAGUCUGCCCACGAUCUCUUGGCUGCCCAAGUCGAUAGUCUCCAAACUCAACUGGCGACCAUGACCCUGGCAUACAACCAGUCGCAGGAAGAGCUGGAGUUGCUCAAGCUCAAGCAACUCGAAAGCAAGAUGCCGAGUUGGCAGCGCCAGGCCGUGUCCAGCCAGGGCAAGUCCAGCGGUGCAGAUCUCCGAAAGAUGACUCGCGAGCUCAUCAUGAAGGAUAAGCAGUCAUACAGACUCAAGCUCUUCAAGAUCGACUCAAUGACUCUCCAGGAGUGCCGAGAGCUCCUCAAGCAAAUCUGUGUGAAGCUCGAAGUGAGCGACGCUGACGAGCUCAUGCCCGGCAUCGACAAGAUCGAAGCGACCAUCCGGUUACUGCCCCAAAUGCAGCAGUUUGUUCGAGAGAUCGACUCGAUCGUAUGGUCUCCCGAGAAGCGACUCGGUUUACUCUACCCCCAACAAGGCCGACCCCGCGCACCCGAUGCUGCUGACGACGGAACCGAGUACUCGGCUCAUAGAAGCAGAUUGCAUAAGCUCUCUGAGACCUUGGUGAUGAUCCAGGCCUGGGCUGCAGGCACGAUUGAGCUCGAAGACAAGCGGCGAUUCUACAAACAGGUCCACGACCGCCUCAAGGUUCCUCUGGAAGACGGCAGCAGCCAGGAAUGUCUGCGGGUCAUUGAUCAGUUCUUUGAAUCAACUCUACGGACAGCCAUGAACGCUGAGGUCUCGGAGCAUGCAGCACGCAUGGUCAAUCACUUCCGCGACCUGUUCGAAGUCGCCUCGGGCGAGCUGGUGUUCUCCAAGAUGAACGAGGUCUACAUCUUCUACAACGAAGCCAAAACAGAAGGGCGGAUCCUCACGGCUUCUGUGCUGCUCUGGACCAGGCAUUACAAGGCUCCGAACUGCCCUGGCGAUGGGCGCAGAUGCACCGACGGUGCGAGUGUUCAACGAGGCUUGCGAUGCCAUCGAGACCUUCCAUGA